CUCCUUGUUCUUCUUCUUCCUCACGUCGCAAUUUCGAAGGAUUAGGAGCUGAAUUGGGUCUUUAGGUUUCAGCUGCUUAAUUAUCGUCGGCGCUGGAAUAAAAUGGUGUCGGUAAUCGAUGAAAGUGGAAUUGAUGUCGUCUGAAAGUGAAGAGCGUGGACUUGAGGAAUCUAUGACAUCUGAAAGUGAAGAGUCUGGACAUGAGGAAUCGAUGACAUCUGAAAAUGAAGACGCUGAACUUGAAGAAGAAGGAGAACAUGACGACGACGACGACAUAUUCUAUGAUUCUGAUCAAUCAUUCAAUGCAGUCGACGUUGAUUUAGCAGAAAAGUUGAGAACCGCAUUCCCUUUUCAUAGUAGUGCCGAGUUCUAUUUCCGAAUCAUACUCAUUCAAGAUGAUGCACCGGAAAAUAUAAAUCAGGAAGGCGAGGAUGAUCAAAAUCUUAUAAUAUACGAUUCUACAUUCUCUCAAGCUCCAACUGGAGCAACUGAAGUGUGGUAUAACGUGCGUACGGAAAAUCUGAACGAAACUAAACUGGAGGGGAUAAUUCGAAAGGCAAGAAGAAAUAUCAUCACUCUUCUAAUGAAAAGAUCAGAAGAAUUAAGCUUCAGAAAAAUUAUGAAGAUUCUGCAUAGGCUUGCAGAUUUAACAACAAUUAACGUGCAGGAUUUGCCUCGUCUAGUAGCGGCUGCCACCAAAUGGGAAGUAAAUUUUCUUAUAAAAAAUGUGAUGGAACGAGUUUUUUAUACGUAUGAAGAUCUAAUGGGGCAACUGGCAACUAUCCCAUAUAGUGCAGUGAUGGGUGUACUCGCUGACGAUGCUGUCACUGUGCAGUCGGAAGAUACAGUCUAUCAAUUUUUGGUCCGAUGGACUGCGGACAUGUAUCGAGGUCAAACGCGCUCUGAGGUAUGGGAGUUAGAUUUUAUGGGACGAACUGGUGUAAUUAGAUUUAAUUACAUGUCACUAGACAAGUUGGAGAAGAUUUUAAAUGAGGAUGAGAUGUUGUUUUCAAGAAGCUUUACUGAGAGGGCCGUAUCCGAGGCAAAAGUUUAUAAGAAGUCUAUACCGAAUUUGCGGUCUCUACCCCCACAGAAGAGGAUGCGCCAGUAUAAAACUGUACCUCUACGAAUGGUGGAGACACUUCAUUCUCGUAGCAUUUUCGUCGAACUCUCUGGAAAUCAAGUUUUUAAUCUGUUACCGCUUCGAACAGAGCAAUUUCCUUUUUUUGGUGGAGCUCUUGUUCUUCAGUUUGGUCGUGCGGGUGAUGCAGGAGACGAAUAUUUUGGAUUGUCGGUAAAGAAAGUGAUUCGUCCCUCGUCAAAUAUGAUAUAUGUUUGCACGGCUUGGGUACGUAACGGCGAUAAGAAGGAGUGGAAAUUGGAAUUGGAGAUUGAAUCCGAAAAUAAAUAUGAGAAUUUACUUCCAUGGGAGGGCCUAUUGGAACUCGAUGAGCCACAUUUGCAUCAUGGCUAUCUCUAUGUGAACGUGGAGAUCAAGGCUUUCCGAUCUCCGUUGUGUGAUUUUUAAAACCAUGCACAAGAAGAUUUACCAGAGGAUAGAAUGCACCAGAUGUUUCCCAGGAGUGCAUCUUAAGCAGAGACAAUGCUGGUCUUUUGUGUUCUCCUCCUAAUUCACAGAUGAUUUACCAGCUGAUACGAUCUAGUUUUUUUCCUCUUAACAGAUUUGUGUUCUCCUCCUAAUUCAUGAUUUACCAGCUGAUACAAUAUACCAAAUUUACCACUAUUC